GUCGUCAAUGAGAUCGGACGUGUUUAUUUAAAUAAUUAAUUAUUCGCGUGCACAAUUCGCGACUGUCUGCAUUUCGAAUCGUGCAUUAUCUGGGUCAUUAGUCAUCUAUCGCGACCUACGGCUAUAGUAUAAUGUAUAAGUGGAGUAAACAACUGUAAUCGAAAAAUGUCGGGGAAUAGUCCAUUUAACCGGAGUGGACUAACACGCCGCAGCCCGCCCUCAACGCCCACGCCGCAGCCCGGCCCGCCCGGGCCCGCACCAGCAAACAUGCAGCAGGAAGAAGAGCCCCCGAAGGUAAUUCCCACAAGUGACAUCCAAACAUGGCUCAAAAAGAUUGAACUGAACCUGCAAGACGUCUGCUCUACAUCUGCUGAAGGUAAACUUAACACUGACCAGAAGAUCAGGAUUAACAACAUGUGUCGCAGCGUGGGCCACUUAGCCUCACAAAUGGCUAUCGAAUACCAAUCCCUAAAAAAUCACGCAAUCCAAGCAUAUCAGGCCCGCCAAGCUCACCAAGAAAAAAUGGACCUCGUACAACGUAUCCAAGACCUAAAGCAGUCGAUUGAGGAAUCCAGCCGACAAGUUACCGGACCUUCGUUUGCCGACGCCCUUAAGAAUAAUGGAACGAGGUACGUCCAGCCCUCUAACAUUAGCUCAGUCGCAAUCUACCCGGUCGACAAGUUGAAAUCGAGUGAGGAGACCAAAUCUCUCGUUCAAAAGAUUAUCCGGCCCGACGAAAUGAAGCUACACGUGAGAGGGUUACGCAAGAUCAAAAAUGGCGGUGUUGUGAUAAGCACUGACUCAAAAGAAGACGUAAUAAAACUCAAGCAAUCAGAACAGCUUACGACCUCUGGACUCACCGUUGACGAGCCACAAAAACGCAAGCCCAGAAUUGUAGUCAUCGGAGUUCCCGCGGACAUGCAGGAACCUGAAGUCCUGAAGUGCAUAUACCAUCAAAACUUAGCCGAUAAAUUACAAGAUUGGUCGCUCGAAAAAUUUAUGGCUUCCACUAAGCUAAGUCACAAAUCCGGAAAAAAGGACGCCGAGACCUGUAAUUAUAUAAUUGAAGUUUCUGGAGUAAUACGCAAGGCCCUAAUUACGAACGACAGAGUUUUUGUGAAUUGGUCAUCGUGUCCUGUUAGGGAUUUCACCUUGGUUACGCGCUGUUUCAAAUGUCAGCUAUACAAUCAUGCAGCGAAGACCUGCAAAAUGGAUAUCAACAUCUGCGGCCACUGCGGCGAAGCGGGUCACUCAUUCAAGGAAUGCACAAAAAAGGACGAAGCCCCAAAAUGUGCAACAUGCUCGCACUACAAAAAACAAUGCAACCACCAAACCGGCGACGCCGCAUGCCCAGCUAGACAAAUGGCCGAAAAAAGGUAUCUAAACUCCAUAGAUUACGAAGGCGCCUAGGAGCGCCAACUUUUCACAUAUUUUUUAUAGCACUUCUUGUUUCAUUAGUUUAACUACUUAUGAAUAAUAGCAUAUUCUCUGACCUAAUAGACAGUUUCCCUGUAUCAGAGUUUAAAGCAUACCACAGAGCUGCCCUACUAACCCUCUAUCGUAAAUCACGUAAUACAUGCACGCACACGUAAUUUGUCAAUAAAUUAAAUAUAAACAAACUUGGAGAUGAUUUACGCAAUAUUGACUUUGGCCCCGUUUAUAUUUCUGCUGAUGCAGAAAAUACUACCUAUGCUGUACUUGAUUAAAAAUGCCCAACAAGCAAUCUUACUUAACACCAAUAAGACACGUCUAAAUAGUAAGAAUUACAUGUAUUCAAAC